AGCCACAGGGGUCUCUGGCUGCAUGCCAGGGUCUCAGAUGCUUUUGACCUGGGUCUGGAACGUCCGAGAAUGUCUGUGGGACAUUCUGAGUUCCGACAGCCCUCCAUCCCGUGAGGUGUUUGUGCAGAUUAAUACAUGCAAAUGGAAUCAAUGGAGGUAAAAAGGAGGUAGGACUGUGGGUACAAACAGAGAUGGGUCAGGGAUGGGGGUCUCAGGUAGAUGAUUUUUCCAGGAGGAUGUGUCAGUGCUGUUUUGCACCGCAGUGUUUUCUGUGGAUGCUUCUUGUUUAAGUUAGAUUCCAUCCUGCUGAGGAAGAGGGGGAGAGACAGAUCAUAACCUGUAGAUAGAUGCACCUUCAAGAUCUCUUUCAAAAGCCAUAAUGGUAUUGGAAUACUCUUUAGUAUGAAGACUUUUCUUAUUUAAUGUCGCUAUUGUAAAAGAUUUGAUGUAUUGUCCAUCACUGUCUUGUAUUGCACAUGUGUCUGAGAGCAAAAUAAGCUUUUAGGUAUGAGGUACUGCUUAUAUGUUCUUCUUUUAUGAAAGUUUAAAUAGAGAAAGCAUUUCUGUAUCUUGGGAGUCUGGUGGGCUUGCAGCAGGAAGAUAGUUGCACAGUUGCAUAGUGAGUAAUAUUUUAUCUAUGGGUGAUUUCGGCGGUAGGAACAUGAGAACAGAGGUGAAGGAAUGAGGUGGUCAAGGGAUGAGAUCAAAUGUUGUUUUGCUAGAGCUGCCUCUCUUAUCUCAUGUUUGUCCUUUCUCCAUGUUUCUCUAUUUUAGUGCUUAACAAAGGAAACUGAAGGAAGUUCAAAAACAUGAGACCAAGACUGAGAGUGGAUUUGGCUUGCUGACUUUGUUCUUCAAGCCCUAAGUUGUCCUUUAUAGCAGCACCAAAGUGGGCCUUCAGUUUUAUCCUUGUAGCCAGUCAGUCCCCAUGAGAUGGCUGUGCUCAGGAUCCAGGCUCUUCUGAGUGACUGUCAGAUGUCCCCAGCUGACUGACAGGCAGCAGCUGGCCCGGUGGUCUGCCCUUUGCUGGAAGGAGGCCACAAUGUGUGGCUUGACAGAUGACAGAUCUUAAAUGCAGGCUCAAGAGAGAAGCAUUUUCUGAGCCAUUUCUUUCCGCUGACUCUGCCUGGGUCAGAGGUCGGGGUGCAUACAUGGGAAUAGAGAGCACUGUUCUCUUCCAGCUGUUCUCGGGGCUCCAGGCUCAUGGCAGAAGACAUUUGGAGCUUUGCACAAAGCCGCAGCUUGGUCUGUCUGCUGCCUGCUGCUCUCUCCAUGGCCAUACCUGCCAUUGCUUUCUUACAUUGACACUUGCUGAAGUCACCUGCUUGGAUUCCUAUUACUGACUCUCUUACCUCCUGGCUUGCUUCUCUGUCUGUACCAGUUAUAGCCCAUAUUGGUUCUUUGCUGAUCAUCCAUUCCUCUCCUUUCUCCAGUUUCCUUUAUAGAUACAAGCAUGAGGAAUAUCUAAGACUUGUGGUGAUCAGGGAGAGCACUGAUCUGGAGCUUUUGGAGCUAUAGCAGAUUUGGGUGGUUAAUUUGGAGAUGCAAGUCCAAAUUACUUGUAGAAUUAUGUUUUAUUAUAAUACAUAUAUAAAUAUUUAGAAAUCAUAGAAAUUAUGAGGUAAAGAUGAUAUAAACUUUUAAAAAUAAUUGUCUGUGUUUACUGUGCACUAAAUAUUUUCUUCCCACCUGCAGUGGACUGACUUGCAUACCCUCAGGGGUGCACAUAUCUCACUUUGGGGUCCAGUAAUGUAUUUCUCACAAGUACUUUCGCAGUCUGCAGCUAUUGAGCCAAGUAUGUCUUCCAUGUUGUUAGCACCCUUUUGGAAGAGGGUUCCACAGGCUGAUACCCACAGUGUGACAAACUCACCCCUCCAGUGGUGUGUGAGCCUGACCCCUCUGCUGAUGGCCAGGAUUUGCUAUUUUGGCAGGGGCAGUGAACAGUCAAUACCUGACUGUCCUCUCCAGGCCACAUGUGAUUCUGCAGAGCUCUGGCAAAUGCCCCUUUAGAUCACCUUGGAUCACCUCUUUCCAGAUGAAAAGUAACAUUGUGUUUACCUUUACUUCCCUGGAUGCAGUUCCACACUCUAAGAAUUUCUGUGCCAUUCACUGUCCUUGUUUUCAGCUCUGCUCUGCUAUCACUGAGCUGCAGGAGCCAGAGCUGCACACAGACCUUCAUUUGUGGACACACCAUGGCCAUGGCACACUGAUAUCCUCUGUUCCCUCCACUCUUAUUUCUUUUCUUUAUGACUUUUUUUGACCUCUAGGAACCAGUGAACCAAUAUUUUUCUGGAAGUGUCUGUUUAAGCAAGGUCUUGGUUCUGCUGGACAGCAAUCAGCUUAGGGCCCAUCGCUUUGUCUGUGAUUCUUGGAUUGUUUUUUCCCCUUUUGUAAUGUAGUUCAAUAUGUAUUGAACUACAUUUGUAUCUUCCUUUUAAGCAUUCACUCCAUCUCAUAAAGUCCUUCUGCAGUUCUUGAAGCUGGCCUUCAUCCUUGUCAGCAUGAAUAACUUAGCGUUACCAACAAAUUUCUUCACUCACUUGCUUUUUUCUUGGCUUUUUUGGUUCUUUUUCCCCCCAGGUUGUUUUAAAUAUGCUGAAAAGGAGACAUCCCAGUAGAAGUUUACAUGUGCCUUUCUUUUGUUUUCAGAACCAAUCACUUUUGCCUCAUUUCUAUCCUUUAACCAAUUGUUUAUCCAUAAUAGAUGCCAUUGCCUCUUGGUUUCCUUAAAAGACUUUGUAGAGGGACUUGGCUUUCAGAGGACUUUUGUUGUAUGGUUAUUCUUAUUUUCAUCCUGGUUCAAAUGCCUAGAGAGUGUGUGUGUCUGUAUUUUUGCAUGUAUGUGGACAUACGCAUAUUAAUAAUUCUCAGUAUGAGACUAAGCUCAUCUCUCUGUUUUGAAUUGCAUUUUACAAGCAGUCAUUAUUUUACUGGUGGUUUUCCUUGAUGGCUAUAAGCUUUUAGAAUUCAGAAUUGGAUUUACUGUGUGUCUUGUGCAGCAUUAAGCUUGUGAUUUGACCCAGUGUCUCUCAAGAGCAUGCAGAAGACAACAUAAAUGCCAGGGCUUUAGAAUGCCUACAGGGGCUUCUGACAAACUACCACAUCCAUUUAUUUUUUAUUUUUUUUAAUUUUAAAGGCUUGAUCAGAGACAUGACCUUUUUUAUGAAGGAUUCGUGUUGCGUUAUGAACUUACACUGCUCUCUGGUGUAGGCGAAGUAGAAGGCUCUCAAUGGAAAGUGUUUAUCCUGGUGUUUUGCCUGUGCUGGUUUCUGUCUCCCGGCUGAUCAGAGCCGCCUGCUCGGCAGCGCAGCGCAUGCAGUGGGAGUGCGCUCGCAGCUCGGAGCAGCACGUGAGCUGCACCAGUGUGGACUGCGUGCCACUGCCAUGGGGUGUUCCCUUCGCGCUGAAGCGCCCUGGGAUGCCAUCAGGAGCUCGAAUGCCCCAUCAGGGGGCUCCCAUGGGUCCUCCAGGCCCCCCAUACGUCGGAAGCCCCUCAGUGCGACCUGGGAUGCCCCAGACUGUGAUGGAAACAACAAGGAAGCGCACUGCACCACAGCAGGUCCAGCAGCAGCAAGUGCAGCAGCAGGUGCAACAGCAGCAGCAAGCCACUCAGAACCGAGCUAGGAGUGCCAAGAGGAGGAAGAUGGCUGACAAAAUUCUCCCUCAGAGGAUCCGGGAGCUGGUUCCUGAGUCCCAGGCCUACAUGGAUCUCUUGGCCUUUGAGCGCAAGCUAGACCAGACCAUUAUGCGGAAGCGCGUGGAUAUUCAGGAAGCCCUGAAGAGGCCAAUGAAGCAAAAGCGGAAACUGAGACUUUACAUCUCCAACACAUUUAAUCCUGCAAAAUCAGAUGCUGAUGACUCUGAUGGCAGCAUUGCUUCGUGGGAGCUGCGCGUGGAGGGGAAGCUCCUGGAUGAUCUCAGCAAACAGAAACGGAAGUUUUCAUCUUUUUUUAAGAGUUUGGUUAUUGAACUGGACAAAGAUCUUUAUGGACCUGACAAUCAUCUUGUGGAGUGGCACAGAACUCCCACAACCCAGGAAACGGAUGGCUUCCAGGUGAAGAGACCUGGGGAUGUCAGUGUGCGAUGCACAUUACUCCUCAUGUUGGACUACCAGCCUCCUCAGUUCAAGCUGGACCCGCGUCUGGCCCGUCUGCUGGGGAUCCACACGCAGACACGCUCGGCCAUCAUCCAGGCUCUCUGGCAGUACAUCAAAACAAACAAGCUGCAGGACUCCCACGAUAAGGAGUACAUUAACUGCGACAAGUACUUCCAGCAGAUCUUUGAUUGUCCACGGCUAAAGUUUUCUGAAAUUCCCCAGAGACUCACUAACCUACUGCUGCCACCAGACCCAAUAGUGAUAAACCACAUCAUCAGUGUUGACCCCAACGAUCAGAAGAAGACGGCUUGUUAUGACAUAGAUGUAGAAGUUGAAGACCCAUUAAAGGGCCAGAUGAGUAGUUUUCUUCUCUCAACAGCUAACCAACAGGAGAUAACAGCAUUGGAUAACAAGAUUCAUGAGACAAUUGAAUCCAUAAAUCAGCUAAAAAUACAACGUGAUUUUAUGCUGAGUUUCUCCAAGGAUCCCAAAGGAUACAUCCAAGACCUUCUCCGGUCCCAAAGCAGGGAUCUUAAGGUGAUGACUGAUGUGGUUGGAAACCCAGAGGAAGAGCGCAGAGCUGAAUUUUAUCACGAGCCAUGGUCUCAAGAAGCUGUGAGCAGAUAUUUCUACUGCAAGAUCCAGCAGCGCCGACAGGAAUUGGAACAAUCUUUGGGAGUGCGUAACACAUAAGUACUGCUCACAAGAUUCCAUUGGCAUCAUGACCACCAAACCAGUGGACUUCUCAGUGUUACUUAGCUCACUGUUACACAUGGACCUGCUUCCUGGCUGGAUGAGAACGUGCCAUCAACACACCAGUCAGAACACCAGCUUUAGAGUGACCCUUGAAAAUCUUGCCCAGGACGGGUGUCUCAAACCAUUCCAAGCCAGAGACAGCACCAUACAAGUGUCAGUGUGAAAGAAGACUAAAGGUUCACUCAUCAACGCACAUUGUUAAGUUUUAGUGGAAAGUUAGACACUACACAGCAAAUCCUUAUGGGCUAUGCUUAGAAUCAUGGGUGGCACCGAUGGUGGAGGUUGAGAUAGGUGUUCUAGGAGACUACAGAUUUAGAGAAAUAAAUGCAGUUCUUACCCUAUGGUACCCAAGAGUCUCAAACAGUAACUUAUCUGGAAUUAGACAAGAUAGUCUUUCUUAUAGCUCUGGGAUGCUUUAUAUUCCUGAAAAGAGAAUAUUUUUAUUCCAGCUGGACCAAUUCAAGAAGCUAUCUCACCAUCUGAAAAAACAAAUUCGGAGCAUUUGUAUCCUGGAAUGCAGAGCCUGUCUGGAAGAAAGACAUAUAGUCAGGCCAUCUCUUCUGCAGAUGCAAAUAAUUUCUCUUCCCCUUGUCCCAGCAGUGAAAGGUCGAUUUAAUCACGUAUCACUAGAUGGGUAUGAUCUGUACACUGUACUGAGAGAAAGAGAAUAAUUCCUGGGAAAAGAGCUUCUUAUGCGUCCUUAAUAUCAGUGGUAUUAGCAACAAAUGAGGCGUUCUGAGAAAACUAAAAUAACGUAAUGGUGCUUUGCUGAUGCCUGCCUUUAACACAGCAGAUAUUAACAAUAAGUAUAUAUGUAAAAUACCAGUUUAUUUAAAUGUUUCUCUGUGUGCCUGUAGGGUUCAUCACAUAAAGAACUUCCUAAUUCUUGGUGUAGAAUCCAAGAAGCUUAACUUAAUGUCACAUGGUAGGUUUUUCUUGACUUCAAGGUGUUAACAGAGUCCCUGGAUUGGUCUCACAUUUUGAUCAUAGGUGAACUGCCUCUUACUGUGAGUUAUUUAGCUCUCCCAUACAUUAUACAUGCUGGUUAUUUUGGAUGCUGUUGAGUUAUAAAGCAUAUCAGCCUUAAAUAGCACAGAGAAUAUAUCCCUUGGAAAUCAUCUUCUUUGUAAAUGUAUGACAAAUUCAGAUAAUGAGAAUUUAUAGAACAAUUACUUGGAAGCAGGGACAUCUUCCUUAAAUCCUUCCCCUCCUCAUUUUUUGUAGUGCGCAGAUGAGCUGUAAUAAAGGCCCAAUAUAAUUUCUAGUCCAAAAAGCAGCUGCCAAAGUAUAACUGUCCAUUUGAUGUGGCACUCAAAAUCCUCUUCUAGGUUACUCCUUUUCACCUCCAUUCUUACACUUCCUUGGAAAGAGAAUCAAAUUCACGUGUGAUAUGGAAGGAAGGCAGCUCUUCUGAAUAAAUGCAUUUUUUCUGUAGUGUUGUGUUUUCUGCUGUCUUUGCCAAUUUCUCUCUUAGUUUAACUGAAAAGUUUCUUCUCCUCAGUCACAGAAGAGAUAGUCUUCUCUUUACCCCUUUAUUUAAUAUCUUUGUUUUCACAUUAAUAGUGCCAUAGCUUUUAGUCCAUCCAUUGUGUUCAGAGAUGUCUUGGAAAAUUUACUUUUGAUUGACUUUAUGUGAUGCAGUACUCUCCCACAAAACCUGUUGGUGUGAGAAAAAGUACCUCAUUUUCUGAGGCCUUUUACUGGGAAUGGCUUGAUUUGGCAUUUUUCCCUUUUGUGCUAACGCCUCUUUUCACAGUAAAAUGUGAAAUCCUGCAGUCUUAAACUGGUUAUACGGAGGGACUGUGAGGCUGCCACACUGAUGGACUUGAAACGUUACUUAAUUUGGGACUCCUCUAAUUGGACUACAAGCAAGCAUUACCAGGAAAAAACAGUGGGGAUCAUCUGCUACUGUGCUUCCAUAUUUGUUAUGCUGCUGUGUCCGUUGUGUGCAUGCUGCUCGGUGUAUAAAACUCUUGUCUGUAUGUGGGAAACAGAGCAGCUACAUUCAGGGGUAUGCUCAGUCUGCAGGAGUAAGAAAUGCAGAGGAAAACACGCAAGGAUAUGAGAAGGGCACGGGACUGAGAUAGAUGCCUGCAGAAUGUCAGCAAGGGAAUUCUGGGGGUUGAGAGCCUUCCCGCUGAAGUGGAAGACACUUGAGAGCAGUAUCAGCCAUUUGCCAGAGUUGACAACAUACUGGAGUCCAGCCUGGUUUUAGAGCCUCUGUAGAAUUAAUUGGAUGGAUCUGGUUCCAAGUCUCUUUCAGAACAAAUUAACAAAACUAAUGUGGUGUUGGUGCCAGUGCUCACAACUGCAUCACUGAAAGCUGAAACUCUGUCAAGCAGCAGCGCUAUGCUGAAAUGGGUGUGUGCAUGAAUCAGCCACUGAAGAUGGCACCGGAGAUCGCAGUCCAGAAUCUAAAUUAUUAUAUUUCUUAUAUUUCACUGUCUAUAAAAAAAGACUGGUCACUACCAGUGAGUCUUAGGACUAGCUGUCCCAUGUUUUUCCUUUGGUUACACUGGGGUUUGAGAUUCUGAUGCCUUUUUCCUGUGUUCAGGAGCUGUUCAGGUCUUUUACUGAAGCAGAGAGAGAAAAAUUUUGUCCUUUGUUCCAUAGGUGCAACUAAGAGCUUGCUUGUUUGCAAAACAAAGAAAAACUUCAUUUGAAGAUAAAUAAUAGAGCAAUACUGGAAGCAACUAGACCAAGUGUUGCUUGAGCAUUGAAAAUGAAAGGUAGUGGCACUGAACAGGCAGGUAAUUAUGGCAGACUGUGAAUGAGGAAUUUAUUUUAAGUCCAGGAUGGUUGUCUUUUUUUGUGUAUAAAAGAUGACAAGAAGAUGUAUUGGGGUCUUCAGUUGCCACCAUACAAUACAAAUCUAUGCGUACUGCAAAAAAACCUUCUGUGCAUAGAAGUAGUUCAUGUAUAGAUGAUAAUAUAGAUUGUUAGAAAAUAUAGCAUCAAACUAGGAAAGGGUUCAAUGGAAUUCUGGAGUACCAGUAGGAGGGAAAUGUAUCUUGGAGAAGAAGUGUUGACGUGGCAGGUUAGAAACAGGUUUUUUAGUCUUCUGGGUUGUUGGCCAUGAGGCAGGAAUCAGAUUAAAUGUUUCUUGGAGAUUGAAGGGGAAGCAAAUGUUCAGUUGUGGAAAAAAGAGAAGACUACAACAGUGGGAAAAGAAAUUAAAAAAUGGAGCAGAGUACCACUGAAGCACCAGAAAGACACAGCACAAGAUAACGUGCAGAGUACUCUUGGAAAUAGCACAGCCCUUGUGAGUCUGUGCAUUCUGUGUGCGUGUGUGUAUGCGGACACACAGAACUUGUGGGGGAGACAGUCUUAGUCGGCGUCUAGCCUGGGAAGUGGGGGGCAAGGACAGAACCAAAAGUUUUUCACGUAACUUUGAGACGCACUGUCAAAGCAUUUUCACUGUUACCAGCAGGAAUUCAGUUGUUGGACAUAGCAGGGUUGGUAGCUGUAGUGCAGACAUUGUCUUGGCUGGCAGGUUUUUCAAACCAUAUUGUUUAGAACUUACCCUAUGGAAGCCGGGUGAAGAUAUUAGUAUAUAAAUCAAUAUUGGUGUAUAUCCUAGGGCUCCUAAUUUUGCCAAAAUGCUAAUCAGGUGUUUGGGGUUGUUGGUCUGGUUUCGUGUGGCAAAUUCUUUUAAGGCAAUGCAAAGAGAUAAGGAGGCAAAGAAGGCUCUUUUUUCCUAAAGAAAGCAGUCUCCUUUCUGUAACUGCUCUGUUGUUUAAUAGGAUGUAUCUGUUCUGCCAGAUCCUGUGUUAUAAACAUCAUUUCCAAACUCGCUGAAGAGAAGAACUCCAUUUAAAACAUACAACAGUGGGUUUGUGAGAGUGAGCAAAUACGUGUAUAAAGAGCAGGGGGAAGCGAGAGAGACACUCCCUCUACUCUGUAGCCACCAUAUCCAUUGUAUGAUGCCGAGUGAUUCGUAGAAGAGCUUUUAACAAUAAAUACUUUGUUUCUUUGUA